GGCUCAGAGCGAGAAAAGCGAACCCAACCCGUCGGGGCCGCCGCUCUGGACCCGCCGCCGCUGCUGCCGCCGCCGCCGCCGCCGCCGCCGCCGCCGCCGCCUCCCCCUCCUCCCCCCGGAUCGGGUGUACUGUCCCAACCCGAAAGUCCAGUUCUGCGGCCCGGCAGCGGCGAGCGAGCGCGAUGACACAGGAGUACGACAACAAACGGCCAGUGUUGGUUCUUCAGAAUGAAGCACUUUAUCCACAGCGUCGUUCCUACACUAGUGAGGAUGAAGCCUGGAAAUCUUUCCUGGAAAACCCUCUCACUGCAGCAACCAAAGCGAUGAUGAGCAUCAAUGGAGACGAAGACAGUGCAGCUGCGCUGGGCUUGCUCUAUGACUACUACAAGGUUCCGCGAGAGAGAAGGUCAUCAACAGCAAAGCCAGAUGUUGAGCACCCAGAGCCAGAUCAUAGCAAAAGAAAUAGCAUAUCAAACAUGACUGAGCAGCCCCUCAUUUCUGCUGGAGAAAACAGAGUGCAAGUGCUGAAAAAUGUGCCAUUUAACAUUGUCCUUCCCCAUGGCAACCAGCUGGGCAUCGACAAGAGGGGCCAUCUGACAGCUCCUGACACCACGGUCACUGUCUCCAUAGCAGCCAUGCCUACCCACUCCAUCAAGACGGAGACCCAGCACCACGGCUUUGCUGUGGGGAUCCCCCCAGCAGUGUAUCAUCCUGAGCCCACAGAGCGUGUGGUGGUUUUCGACCGGAACCUGAAUGCUGACCAGUUCAGCUCUGGUGCUCAACCCCCAAAUGCUCAAAGGCGUACUCCAGACUCUACCUUCUCAGAGACCUUCAAGGAAGGCGUUCAGGAGGUUUUCUUCCCCUCGGAUCUCAGUCUGCGGAUGCCUGGCAUGAAUUCAGAGGACUAUGUUUUUGACAGUGUUUCUGGGAACAACUUUGAAUAUACCCUAGAAGCCUCAAAAUCGCUCCGACAGAAGCCGGGAGAUAGCACCAUGACGUACCUGAACAAAGGCCAGUUCUAUCCCGUCACCUUGAAGGAAGUGGGCAGCAGCGAAGGCAUCCACCACCCCAUCAGCAAAGUCCGAAGCGUGAUCAUGGUGGUUUUUGCCGAGGACAAAAGCAGGGAAGAUCAGUUAAGGCACUGGAAAUACUGGCAUUCGCGGCAGCACACGGCUAAACAAAGAUGCAUUGACAUAGCUGACUACAAAGAAAGCUUCAACACCAUCAGUAACAUUGAGGAGAUUGCUUAUAAUGCCAUUUCUUUCACUUGGGACAUUAAUGAUGAAGCAAAGGUUUUCAUCUCCGUGAACUGCUUAAGCACAGAUUUCUCUUCUCAGAAAGGUGUGAAGGGGUUGCCUCUGAACAUUCAGAUCGACACCUAUAGCUAUAACAACCGCAGCAACAAGCCUGUGCAUCGGGCGUACUGCCAGAUAAAAGUCUUCUGUGACAAGGGAGCUGAACGGAAAAUCAGGGAUGAAGAACGAAAACAAAGCAAAAGAAAAGUUUCUGAUGUCAAAGUACCGCUGCUUCCCUCUCACAAACGAAUGGAUAUCACGGUUUUCAAGCCCUUCAUUGAUCUCGACACCCAGCCUGUCCUCUUCAUUCCUGACGUGCACUUCGCCAACCUUCAGCGGGGCGCUCACGUCCUUCCCAUUGCCUCAGAAGAAUUGGAGGGUGAAGGGUCUAACUUGAAAAGGGGGCCUUAUGGCUCGGAAGACGAUUUUGUGAUCCCUCCUCCUGCUAAGCUGAGCCGAGUAGAAGAACCAAAGAGAGUGCUGCUCUAUGUGCGAAAGGAGUCGGAAGAAGUCUUCGAUGCCCUGAUGCUCAAGACUCCGUCUUUGAAAGGCCUGAUGGAAGCUAUCUCAGACAAAUAUGAUGUUCCCCAAGACAAGAUUGGGAAGAUAUUCAAGAAGUGUAAAAAAGGGAUCCUGGUGAACAUGGACGACAACAUCGUGAAGCAUUACUCCAACGAAGACACCUUCCAGCUGCAGAUCGAAGAGGCCGGGGGGUUGUACAAACUCACCCUCACCGAGAUCUGAGGGCGCCCCGGCCCAUGACUCCCAGUGAGCUCAGGGAAGCUGUCACGUGGGCCUUUGGGUUGGCAAGCCGCAGGUUCCCCAUUCGGCCACCUUCCAAACAUGGGUGGAUGUCAGUGGAAGGGGUUCCUUUCCAGUUGGAGAUGGUGCCGCAUUUGGCUUGGAGAUAGCAUUGACUAUAUUGCAUUGGCGUUUUUCAGAUGACAGAGAAAGCAUAUACCACGAUGUUUGAAUUUUCUGAUAUAAAUACUUAGCAUUAAAAGUGAAAACUUUGUUCCAAGAUUUACUAGAUUACCUGGGAACCUUAAGGUAUCUGCUACGUUAUUUAUAAAAAUACUGCCUCUUCAGUGCUAGUGGGCCUGCUCACUAGUGCAUGUCAGACUCGGUGUAACUAUGGCUGCCCCAGGUUAUGGGCACGGCACCCCAAGAGGACCAGGUGCGCCCUUUCUCCCUCGGCCUCUCAUUCCCCAGUAAAUGUUUACUCCAAUAGGGCAAGUUUCCGAAGUCUUCCUUUGCAACUCUCUUGAACAUAUCAACUGCCUCUCUCGUGAAGAACUUAAAGUUACAGUGUGCGUCCGUCAAAGCUAAAGCUGCGUGUACGUAAGUGCAAUACGUCUUGAAGGCCCGUGUCUGUAAAUGUGUACAUACCUGUCUUAUAUAAAUAGAUAAUAUAUACAUGUGGUGUCCGUGUACAUAUAGUGGAGAGAUGUGAUAAGGGCUACCUUAAAGACUUCCUUGAGACGAGAGGAUAAGUUAUUUUCGAUCACCUACACCCAGCAGAUAGCAUACUGCGCUUAGUGGAACCCACUCAGACGCUUUCUUUGCGUUUUGCCAGACACAGCAGUCAUUCAGUAGCAUAGCAAAACCUUCUCAGACGACAGAGAUUCUGUUUGCUCUUGCAAAUGUUAUUAUGUGGAUGUCAGCACUGAUUAACAAAUGGAGUAAAGGAAAAAACACUGCUGCAGCUCAUGACUGCUGUGUCUGCUAGUAUCAGUCAGGUGGACCUGACAGGGAAUAAACACAGUAAUCAUCACACGUGCUGUGGUUACUGUGAACUGGGUGACACAACUCAAGAUGGAGUUCUUCCUGAUCUUCCUGUUACGAGAAAUGACUUCUGUUUUAUCAUGUUCCAGAACCUUCAAGCUUUGGUUGUCUAGUAUGCUAACAAUUCUAGAAGGCAUUCAUGAAUUUAUGAGACUGUGUAACUAUGGCAGGGGAACAUUUUGUACACAAGUUGAAAUACAUAAAAAUCCUAAAAAGUGUAAUUUUGUAACGGAACUAAAAUCGCAGGUACCUUUAGGCUCAGGGAGGUAGGUUAUUUGUAUAAGUAGGGUUGAUAGUUACAUUCUUACAUUAAAAUAUUCCAAUGAAGUAUGUGAACUAAAUUGCUGGUUUUCUAAGAUAAGAUAUUAUGGGACACGGGUCAUAUAAACAAUAUUUUAUAUUUUGUUUUAUGGGAUCGAUUUUGUCUUGUUUUUAAUUGUGCAAUUGAAGAUGUAUGUUAAACCAAAGGGAUUAAAUUUUAUAUGUCUAUUUCGUAAUAUGUCAUUUCCUGUUAUUCAGUUUGACUUUUUCCUUUCAUUAGUCAGUAAAGCAAAAUCUGAGAUCUUAAAAUAGUAGAGCUGAAAAGAAUCACCUUAGCAUUUUCUCCUUAUUUCCCAGCAUGUAUAUUUGGGUCUCUUCCUUCCUCUUAAUUUUUCCUUAGAGGGGUCUGAAAUGAUCCGAGUAAUUGUUAACUGAGGGGGCCCUGAAUUAGUUUUCAACUACUGCCAAAAUUUAACCACCAAAGCUUAAGAUAAACGCUUUCAGACCUAAAACCUUAGUGUUCUUGGUUUUUAAAAGCUUAACAGAAAACGUCUAUUCCCUGGUGGUCCAGUGGUUAGGACUUGGUGCUUUCACUGCCGAG